UUUUUUCAUUUCGAAUAUAAUACCCCCUGCUAACACAAACCAAUAUCUUAUGAUAUUUUUGAGCAUUUGCUGAAAAUAAUGCUUUCUUUAGCCACCAGGCCCCGGCUUUCCAUUGGUUGAAUCUGGUCAUGUGACCAGGAAUUGGCUGCAAUUUCGCCCAUAGUCUUCAGUUUAGUAGACCAAGGUCCCCAUACGCUAGUAAUAUCACCAAUAUACACAAUUAUUAAAGCCCGCAAAUACGGGAUAGCGGGGAGCUAAUAAUCACGCGUUUUUGUUUUUAUUUUGCUCGUUUUGAUCUCGGCCGUCCGCCUGUGGACCAGGAUAAGCUAUGAAUUUUGAAUUUGAGAGGGAGAUUGGGUUCAUAAACAGCCAGCCUUCCCUUGCAGAGUGCCUGACGUCUUUUCCCGCUGUCCUGGAGUCAUUUCAAACUUCAUCAAUCAAGGACUCGACAGUAAUUCCUCCUCCUUUCGAGCACACCAUCCCCAGCCUGAGUCCCUGCACAAGCAGCCAGGCGCGACCGAGGAGCCAAAAGCGAACCUCCAAUGGCCUCCAGCUUCGGACGCCACAGCCGCAACAGGGCCCAGCCCCGCCGGCGAGCGCGGCUGGCCCGCUGGCACACGAGUUCCCCUGGAUGAAAGAGAAGAAAUCCUCGAAAAAGGGACCCAAAUCUGGGAAUGCCACUGUAGCCUCCUCUUCUCCCUCUCCUGCAUCCUCCGGGUACGCCACUGCAGGACUUGAAUCACCGACAGGUCGGUACAUGAUGUGAAAGACAAGGCUAUACAUUUUUGCUGCCGUUUCUUUUCUUUUCCAAUGUCUUUAUUUGCAUGGUUCCAUUGCAUGUUGGUCUAUACUGCACCUCAUAGAAACAGAUAUGGAAUCCUAAUCUUUCUCAAUCACUGUUGCAGGGCAUUUUUUAUCAUGUUGAUGUUAACAAAAGGACAAGAACCAUGCAUUUAUUUCUGAAAUAUGAGUGCCAUUCUGCUCUGUGUCGUGUAUAUGGAGGAGUCACAGAGACCUGCAUUGUACUGCAGUGUUGCUUUGCAUGAGCUAUUUCCCGUCAUAAUCCUUAUUAUUACUAAUCUAUUACACAACUUUCGAUUGUAUUUCACUGUAACAUAUCCAUUUCUUGCAUUGCGUGAAAAUUGAAGUCAGGCAUAUAAACAUUGAUAUAGCCUAGACAUAAUAGGCUAUAUGUUAGCUAUAUUGCAAAGUCUUUGUAAUGCUUGUAUGUGUCAGAUAUUCUAUGCGUAAUGCGGAUGUGUGUGUGUGUGUGUGUGUGUGUAUUCUUGCUGAUAAAGUCGCAUUUCUCAAGAUACAGAUUGCAAAUCUUGUCCUAGAAUAACGAUUUAAUCGCAGUCAGUGUCAGUGCUGUCUUAAUGAUAUAUAUUCAUAACCAUGUCUCGAGGUUUGGGGUAGCCAUGUUGGAUGUCAGUAUAUAAUGUGGAUGCAAUGGGACAAAACAAAAUAUGGGGCUUAGAGGAAUAACGCGUGUUCUCUGCAAACCUGAUACACUGACAUCAGAGAAGCACUGCAGUCAUUUGAAAACAAUGCACAUGGGGUAGGCCUAUUGGGAUUUUGAUACGCCUCGUUCAUUUUGAUGGUUUUCAGUAGCUGCGUGCCAAAUGUCUAGGCUCAACCCUAUUAGCUUGCUAUUUUGGAUUUAUUUAUGUUCUAUGUCUGGGCUCUUGCAGAGGCGCAGGGUGGACUGGACAGCGGAAGCGGAUCCCGGAGGCUGAGGACUGCCUACACCAACACGCAGCUACUGGAGCUGGAGAAGGAGUUCCACUUCAACAAAUAUCUCUGUCGGCCCCGGCGGGUGGAGAUAGCUGCGCUUUUGGAUCUAACAGAGAGACAGGUCAAAGUGUGGUUCCAGAACCGGAGGAUGAAGCACAAGCGGCAAACGACACACCACAGGGAAGGCCAAGAGGGCGACCCCGGCGGGUUCGAGCCCCUGGAAGGUGCCGAUGCCUCCUCGCCUUACUCGAGCCAGCCACUGGAAGCCUCGGGCUCGGCUGCGUCCGAGGGGGAGACGUGCAACUCGGCAGCCUCCUACACGAACAGCAGUGACAAUAACCAGCCCACGCCUGAGGAGGGCCAGCUGAGCUGCCAGGAGCCCGCAUCAGUCUCUGACACAACUGUGAGGUCGACCCUGUUCCCAACGCCCACUGCAGAUAACCCCGCAACAAUGGGCGACGGUGGCGCAUCUGGGCCGGACCAUUCGUUUUCAGAGCAGCAGGAGGCCUCCUCCCUGCCCGAUUUGAAUUUCUUUUCUGCUGAUUCCUGCCUCCAGAUUUCUGACGCUUUAUCGCCCAGCUUACAGAGCUCGCUCGACAGCCCGGUAGAUUUCUCCGAGGCGGACUUUGACUUAUUUACGAGCACACUUUGUACAAUAGAUUUACAACAUUUACAGUUCUAA